GUUAUAAAUAAACAUUAUCUCAGUUUGGGAGUUAUUUAACGAUGAACUAAAUCCGUUAACAUAAGCCAAACUGUCACAAAAUCAAUCUGAGAUCCCCAACCAAAUUACAAGCUACUUAGAACUGAGAGCAGAUUCAAAUUCCCCCUUGGUGUUAAGAGUCCGAGUUAAUCUACCCGGAGGCAUAUUCAAGAUUUGAGCUUUAUGGGUUUGAGUUCGUAAUGUUAUUUAAGUAGAGGUAGAUUAAGUGCAAAGAGGGGAAAACAGAGAUCAUUAUGGUAUUCUCUAUGGUGAUGAGUUGUUCACCUCAUUUAUGUCUUCCAAGGAGCCGCAUGGUUAUGCAGAAAACAAUCCGGUGCUCUUCUUCUGUUUCAACAGCAUCUGAGUCCGUCCAGUUUGAUCUUAAGACUUAUUGGUCAACUCUAAUUCGUGAUAUCAACCAGAAGCUUGAUGAGGCGGUUCCGGUUAAGUACCCAAAUCAGAUUUAUGAGGCCAUGCGCUACUCUGUUCUGGCCAAGGGUGCCAAAAGGUCCCCACCCAUCAUGUGUGUCGCGGCCUGUGAGCUUUUCGGUGGAAAUCGCCUAGCUGCCUUUCCCACUGCCUGUGCCCUAGAGAUGGUUCAUGCUGCUUCGUUGAUUCAUGAUGAUUUGCCCUGCAUGGAUGACGACCCAACUCGACGAGGCCUUCCUGCAAACCACACAGUUUUUGGUGUAGAUAUGGCAAUUUUAGCCGGGGAUGCCUUGUUCCCUCUUGGUUUUCAGCAUAUUGUGUCUCACACUCCAACCAAUCUCGUUCCCGAGGAUCGAGUCCUCAAGGUCAUUACGGAGAUUGCUCGAGCUGUGGGAUCCACUGGUAUGGCUGCUGGUCAGUUCCUUGACCUUGAAGGUGGACCAAAUGCUGUUGAUUUCGUUCAAGAAAAAAAAUACGGUGAAAUGGGCGCGUGCUCUGCCGUUUGUGGAGGUCUCUUGGCUGGUGCUUCGGAUGAGGAAAUCCAACAUCUGAGAAGAUAUGGUCAAGCUGUUGGUAUGUUAUAUCGGGUUGUUGACGAUGUAUUGGAAGCAAAGGAGACCAAGGAAACAACCGAGGGGAAGAAAAAGAAAGGCAAAAGUUAUGUCAGCGCUUAUGGCGUUGAGAAGGCUAUGAAAGUUGCCGAGGAUCUUAGGGCAUCGGCUAAGAGAGAGUUAGAUGGUCUGGAGAAGUACGGCGAUAAAGUCAUGCCGCUUUAUAGUUUUGUAGAUUAUGCUGCAGAUAGAGGUUUUAGUAUUGACGACCAAGUCUAGAUCAUUUUAGCAUUGUCUUAUGUUUUCAUCAUGAUAACUGACCAGAACUUAUGUUGUAUGGAGUAAUAUUGUUAAUGAAGCUGUAAUUGCUAAUAA